AGAAGAGCAGAAAAGACCUCCACUCAGGCACUUAUCUGAGUUUCGCACCUGGGGAGAGCCGAGUUAAACAUCUUAAGACAAGCAAAAUGUUUUUGCACUGUCAGAGUCAUCAAAUGAUUUUCCAACAUCCACAAGUUAUCUCGGCCCAUGAGGGAGUCUGGGCUUCGUCAGGAGUCACGGUCCCCUCGCUGUGCCUUUUCCACUCCCCAAAGAGCCACCCUGAGGAGCUUGAGGAAGAGCCCUGAUCCUGGAACAUAAGAAAUACCAUCUGACCCCGUUCACACCAGGAAGGACACACCGACACAAUGACGGGCUGGAGCAGAGGAAGGAAAAACACCAGCAGCAGCAGCAAAAAAAGAAGUGUCCUGGUAAAUUCAUUUAAUCUGUUCAAGAAUCUGUGGCAGAUCAGUGAAAGCUGUGACUCGACAUGGAUAUCCUUCAAUGCAGAGGGUCUCAAAGCUGACCUGGAAAACAAAUUUUUCGGACAGCACAUUGCGUCACGCAUCAUCCUAAAAGCUGUGAAUGGAUUCAUGAGCAAUGAAAAACCAAAGAAGCCUCUGGUGCUCUCUCUGCAUGGAAAGUCCGGCACAGGGAAGAACUUUGUCAGUCAGCUGAUUGCUGACAACAUUUACAAGGAGGGAAUGGACAGCAGCUUCGUUCAUGUUUUCACAUCUGAACUUCACUUCCAACAUAAAAAACAGCUUGAUACUUACAAGUCUCAGCUACAGCAGUGGAUCAAAGGCAAUGUCACCAACUGUGCACACUCCAUGUUCAUCUUUGAUGAGAUGGACAGUAUGCUUCCUGGCUUGAUUGACAGCAUGAAGCCGUACCUGGACUACUACAACAAGCUGGAUGGAGUUUCUUAUCGGAAAGCCAUCUUCAUCUUCCUCAGCAACGCUGGAGCGAAGAUCAUCACAGAGACAGCUUUAGAUUUCUGGAAAAAAGGACGAGAUCGAGAAGAGAUCGAGUUAAGAGACCUGGAAACAUCGAUCUCUGAAUCAGCAUUUAACAGCAGUCAUAGUGGCUUUUGGCAGUCUAGCUUGAUUAAUGACAACCUGGUGGACUUCUUUAUCCCUUUUCUGCCUCUGGAGUACCAACAUGUCGUCCAGUGUGUUAUGGCCGAGAUGAAAGACAGAGGACUUCAGCCAGACCAGAAUUUGGCAGACAAGGUGGCCAGAGAUUUAGCCUAUUUCCCCAAAUUUGAGAGAGUGUUCUCUAAAAUUGGCUGCAAGACAAUAGCGAGCAGGUUGGUCUACUACACAUAAUGCUAGCAUCUGAUGGACGCUGUCAGCCAAAUGACUAAAGAGAGGAAGGAGAGGUCCCCCAUAUAUAUAUAUAUAUACAUAUAUAUAUAUAUAUGAAGAGCCAAAUUCAUCAUGUAAAAGUGGGCAACCUGCAACAUCUAGCAAAAUAAGUAGCAAAAAAAGAUGAUAGACCCUUGUCAAGCCAAAGUGUUUUUCCAUGAAAACACCCCAACACUUUGGUUCUAUAUAUUAAGUUCAGUUUCUUUUUUCGUAUUAUUUUAUCCAUGUUCAUACCUGUAUUUACAUUUACUUAAUCGGUUCAUUUUGACUUCUGUAUUACAAACUGUAACUCACUUUUAUGUUACCGUCUGCCAUAACUAUGUCCUACAGAAGGCCUUGAAAUAUAGGGCUAUUAAGUUCUAUGAGCAUGACUGAUUGAUUGUUCAAACUCAGUAAAAGGAGAAAUUUAAAAAGAGUGUUUUGUCACACUGUCAUUCUUUACUAUACAAAACAAUCAGUGUGCAACAAUCCAAUUUGCAAAUAAAUCUAAUGUUCUUUCC